UAAUAUACUUUUUGCGUGUAUUUAUUUUUUUCUUCUUCAAUUAUGCACUUUCACAAUUUUACCAAUGCGGUUUAUUAUUUUUAUUUUUUAUUUGUUUAGUAAGUAAUAAUCUACCAAUAUGUAAUGUUACUAUAAUAAACGAAAAAAUAUUGAAAUAUACAGUGGCAAUUCUAUGGUUGACACUAAGUGGAUCGUCCUUCCUUUUGAUGACAACAGGAACAGGAGGUACUUUAGCAAUUGUUGUCGCUCCAGAUGGCGGCUGGGGCUGGGUAGUUGUAUUGGCAGCUUUUUAUUGUAAUAUGAUUGUUGAUGGAAUAGUAUACUCAUUUGGACUGAUGAUGAAAGAUAUAGCUAUCAAUCUUAACCAAUCACCAGACUAUGCUACAUUAGUGGGGUCACUGCUAACAGGAUUUUAUUUAAUCGCAGGACCAUUUGUUAGUGCACUUGUUAACAGCUUUGGAUUUAGAGUAGUGACAAUUAGCGGAAGUAUACUUUCAUGUGUUGCAUUUGCAGUAGGAGCUUACGUUGAUUCGAUUUAUCAACUUAUGUUUUUUUACGGUUUCUUGGGAGGAAUUGGAUUUAGUAUGAUUUAUGUAUGCGCAGUAUUAAUACCAGGAUUUUAUUUUGAUAAGUGGAGAGCUUUAGCAACAGGAAUAGCCGUAUGUGGUUCUGGAAUAGGAACUUUUGUAUUAGCACCGCUAACUGAUCAUCUUGUUAAGAAUUAUGGAUGGAGGGUUUCAAUGUUAACACAAGCAGGAUUAGCUUUAAGUUGUGGAAUUUUCGGAAUACUCUUUAGGCCACUUGAACCUACUAUUGUUGAAGUCCCUCCAAAUAACCCUAUUGUCGUAGAACCUGAAAAGCCAGAAAAUGAACCAUUACUUGUUGAAAAUAAUGGUGUACAAAGAAGAUAUUCAAUAGAUAAAUUUAGUAUUUCUAAAAGUGGAGCACCUACUGCUGAGGCUGUUUACAAACAUUUAUCUGGAAGAAUAACUCCUGAUCAAAAUAUAAGUUUAUCAUGUUAUUCUCUAAAUGCCGAUUUAACCCUCAAAGGAAAAUUGUCGCCUGAAAAUAAAGAAAAUAAAUUAUCUGUAGCUAGUUUAAGAUCUAGAAGAAAUACACUUACUCCAUCACUUUUGGCUCAUCCAAUGGAUAGAGAUGAUAGAUUUUUUGGUGGUAGUUUAAAUAAAUUACCACAGUAUUCUUCGCAAAUUGGAUCGCUGAAUUACACAAUGUCUGUUACUAGAAUACCGUCUUGGAAUGAUAUAAUAGAAGAAGAAAGUAAACUAAAAUUUCAGAGCAAAAAUGUCAAUAGAAAACAUUCAACAAGUUUUUGGAAAUAUUAUAAGUCAACAAUGCAUACUCUUAAGACUAUGUUAGAUUUCUCAAUAUUGAUGUCACCAUCCUUCUUAGUCUUAACUUGCAGUGGAUUUUUAACACUUAUGGGAUUUUUUGUUCCAUUCAUGUUUAUUACAGAUAUGGCAACUAAAAAUAAUAUGGACAAACAAAUGGCCGUAUAUUUAGUUUCAAUCAUAGGAAUUGCAAAUACAGCUGGUAGAAUUCUUUGUGGUUGGAUUUCAAGUUAUGAUUCUAUUGACCCAAUAUUUGUUAAUAACUUAUCUCUUACAUUUGGUGGAAUCUACACUUUCAUUUUUCCAUUCAUACCAUAUUCUGUAGUUUCUUACGUCAUGUAUGCUAGUUUGUUUGGAUUCUCUAUGGCCUGUUUUGCUUCUCUAAGAUCAACUAUGAUCGUGGAGUUAACUGGACUUGAACUUUUAACAAAUGCUUUUGGUGUUCUUUUAAUGUUUCAAGGAUUAGCAGCCGCUAUUGGGUCACCUCUUUUAGGAAAAUUUAAUGAAGCCACUGGAAGUUAUGAUAUGUCUUUUUAUAUGGCUGGUCUUAUAUUGUUCUUAUCAGCCAUAAUUUGUUAUCCUCUAAAAAGAGUCAAGAAAUGGGAAGAUAAUCGAAAAAAGAAACCAAUUAACGUUUAAAUAUUGUCAAGAUGGUCGUUAAUCAUCUUAUUGUCAUAUAUUAACACCUAUAGUCUAUUUACUGGUUAACUAAGAAAAAAAUUGAUUGUUUUAUCUUUGUAAAAAGUUUCUAUGUAAAUGUGCGCCCUUGUAGAAACUGUAUAUUUUAGGACCUACACUAAGGUGUACCAUUGUUGUUGAUUUUAUAUUAUUUUAAUAAGGUUACAAUUACUAAUUUUAAUAUUACUUAUUGUGAAUAAUUCAUUUUAUAAAUGACAUUAAAUGCAUUUUUUUUUUAAGUGCACAACUUUA